AUGGCUUCUAUAGACAAGGAAAACGUGACGACAACGCCUCUGAAAAUGACGUCGAGUCCUAGCGUGGAAUAUUCUCCCUCAAAUCCCAAAAGAGCAUUGAAGCCCAUAUCACCUAGCAAAUACAACACCAACUCGGUGGGGAAGCUUAAUUUCCUUCAGAAUGAUAAUUUGGACGAUCAUUUUGAGUGUAUUCAUGGAUCACACGAAGAGAUCAAGCUGCUGCUUGCGUUAAUAGAAGUACAGACUAAGCAGACUAACGAUGAUUUGGAACAAUUAUUCGACAGACUGAAGAGUAACAACCAGAACUUGAACAAAUUACUUGAGAGCAUUGCAGCCUACUCCGAGGAGGUAACCACAGAAGGAAAUGCUACCAAGAGUGACGUAUCUAAGAUUUUAGAGCGUCUAAAUGAGUUGAGUACUCCCAAACUUGAGCAGUUGUUCUUCAAGUUGUUGCAAGAGUCCCAAGAACAGUCUGUAAAGCAAAUCAAGACUCUAAUCAGCGACUCACAAGGUGAUCCUGAAGAUGCCAACAUCGAGGUACUCCUGAAACUCAACAAUGUGGAAAGAGCAUUGAAUAAGGUCUCGGAAGGCUCUGCAAAGGAUAUUGAAAAGUACAUGGGAACGAUGAAUGCUGAAACCGUUAAUGAGCUCACGAAAGUGUCCGAUCUCUUGCGCCACAGCAGUGACUCCCAAAAGUCAACCAUCGAUAUAUUAACUAAAAAACUUGAAGCCUUGGAUACACAUAACUCCAACAGCGAGAUUAUUCGUCUACAAGAACUAGUGGAAAAUCAGAAUGCUACCAUUAGAUCGCUUCAGGUUGACGUUCUGGCUCAAUUGCAGACGAACGAAUACAAAGACUUGCAAUUCAAGCAUGCACAACUUCAGGAGAAGUACGAAAGUCUAUGCAAGUACUAUGAAUCCAAGUACUUGGAUCUAGUUACUCUCGAGAGGAAGUUUACUGACCUAACGAACACCGUGGAUCAUCUCGAAUCUAAGGUGUCCAAAAUUGACACCCUGAAGUACGACCGAUUGCAGCAGAUGCAUGUGGACAAGUUGUCACAAUUGGGUAAAACUCAACACAGCUCCAUCAGGAAGAGAAUCAUUAGCAUGCCAACGAAGGCAACAGACCUGCUACCUGAUAUCUACGAGCAAAUAAAUAGCGACCAGGAGUUUUAA